CAGCUUAGGACGGUACGCGCCGCGUGAUGGAACGUAAAUAUAGUACGUCGCAGCAAGGUUAAUUGUUUUUGUUUACAACUUGCGUCAAAUAGUUUCUAUGGAUUAUGAUGCAGUUGCCAAUAAUGUAAUUAUGAACCAGUUGUGCAAGGUGUGCGGCGAGCCUGCGGCCGGCUUUCAUUUUGGAGCAUUCACUUGUGAAGGAUGUAAGUCAUUUUUCGGCAGAACAUAUAAUAACAUCAGCUCCAUAUCAGAAUGCAAAAACAACGGUCAGUGUGUCAUCAACAAGAAAAACCGCACAGCUUGCAAAGCCUGCCGACUUAGAAAAUGCUUGCUAGUAGGUAUGUCAAAAAGUGGAUCUCGAUAUGGCAGGCGUUCAAACUGGUUCAAAAUUCAUUGUUUACUACAAGAGCAACAGCAACAGCAACAACAAGCCGUUCCAAAUAUGGCGGCAGCAACGAAUAUGCUGCGACCUCAUCCGUAUCUGUCUCCACUUUUUCGAAAUCACGCCUUAACAACUCAACAUACGACGAGAGAUACUGGAAAGUCUUCGGAAUCCGAUAGUGGCGCUUCAUCAGCAGAUCCAGAAGAUGAUCUCCGAUCCAACAGCGCGCUAAGUUUUCUUAAAUCAUCUGCAUCACCUACUAGUGACCGUGAUUUUUAUGCUUCUAAAAAACUUCCGUCCCCUUCAAGUGACUCUGAAUUUUUCGCACGGAAAAAAAUCGUUACUAGUGCCUUAAAUAAUGUGCCUUCUGUUUCACCUGCGUCUUUGCCUUCGGUAUCACCAAGCGGUGUUGUUCCUAAGUGGUUGCCUCCCUUACAAGGACUCGGAGAUCCUACAGCUUGGAAAGAUGUAUGGAGAGCUCCUCCUCCAAUCGCAGCACCAGCGCCCGAUCAAGAUCAACCCAUUGAUCUUUCUGUCAAGUCUCAAAGUACCGCUUCGUUAUUGAAUCAUUCUGAUGAAUCUGAUGACGAUCAGGAACUCAAUAUAGAUGUAGGAAUUGAUGAGCCUUCGAAGUCUAUGCCAUUAGACUUGACUUUAGAUAGGCCAGUGACAGAUGUUACUAAUUGAGCAUUUGUGAUUGUACAAUUAUUUAAUUGGGACUUUGUAUUAUGUGUGCCAGUAAAUAGAGCAACAGUUUUUUCAAAUAUAUUCAAUGAGAUAGGGUUAAUGAAAUUAUUAUUGAAUCUGAUUCCAUGAAAUUCCAGAUAUUAAAUCGAAUUUUCAGAGGAAAAACAAUUUAUUUCAAAAGCAAACGUGGUCUAGUAAAAUAUCAUCUAGAAAACGACUAACUAGUUUCCCCUAUACGGAAUAAUAUUGCGAACAAAAAAGAAGAUGUUUCUGUUCUCAACCGUCAGAAUCUGCAGUCGUUUCUUUCCAUCAGUUCGAGGUGCAUACUUAAAACCUCUUAUAACUCUCAAGAUAGAUUUGCUCUGCCUAAUGUAUUUCUUCUAACUCUUCUGGUCGUUGUCUUAUACUUUUUUGUUUUAGCCAUAUUGUGCUUUCCAGUAGAUUAACCCUCUCUUUGUUUCCCCUUUUUAUUAUACCAAUGCAGAUUCCACUAAAGUUAUCUGAGCCCCUUCUCUCCUGGUUUAUCAGCUACCUCCCAAUUCUCUCUAUUCCAAUGUGUCCUGGUAUUCGGAAUAGGUAAGUUCGUUAUAUAUGUAUGAUUAGUUAUAGUUAACGAUUUCGAAACCAUUCAUAUUAAAUAAGGCUCAUCUCCCAAUACCAUAAAUUUGCACUUGGACUUAGAAUAUUUGUUACUAAAGGUGGUCCAACCAAAACGCACGAUGUUAAUUGUAAAUGAAACAAAAAGGUGUGCGGAGAAUUAUCUUAAUAUUUUUUAUAAUGAUAGAAGGAUCUAUGACAAUUAUGUGUGAAACAAAAUAUCGGCCAAAUGCUCGCCACGGCUUCGGUGGCAUACCUCUAUCCGAUGGUUCAUAUUUUCAAUGACUGUGAGAUAUAAUUGAGGUUCAAUUGAGGUUAAUGCGCCGAAUUAUCUCAUCCUUUAGCUCUUGAAUUGUUCUUGGCUUAUUGACGUACACUUUUUCUUUCAAAUAUCCCCAAAGAAAGAAGUCCAACGGUGUCGAAUCACAUGAUCGUGGCAGCCAAUUAACACGCCAGGACGUGAGAUAACACGACCAUUGAAUUUCUCGCACAAAAGAGCCAUUGUUUCGUUGGCUGUGUGGCAAGUGACACCAUCCUGUUGGAACCACAUAUCUUCCAGGUCCAUAUCGUUAGUUUCUGGCCACAAGAAGUCGGUUAUCAUCUCGCGAUGGCGAAUACCAUUCACGGUGGAUUCUCAUUUGCCCAAAUGCGGUAAUUCUGCUUGUU